GGUUCGUUAAAGUUGCUGACACUAUGGCUCGAACUAAGCAGACUGCUCGGAAGUCUACCGGCGGCAAGGCACCACGCAAGCAGCUCGCCACCAAAGCGGCCCGCAAGAGCGCGCCGGCCACCGGCGGCGUGAAGAAGCCGCACCGCUACCGGCCCGGCACGGUAGCUCUGCGCGAGAUCCGCCGUUACCAGAAGUCCACGGAGCUGCUGAUCCGUAAGCUGCCGUUCCAGCGGCUGGUGCGCGAAAUCGCGCAAGAUUUCAAGACUGACCUGCGCUUCCAGAGCUCGGCCGUGAUGGCGCUGCAGGAGGCGUGCGAGGCCUAUCUGGUGGGGCUCUUCGAGGACACUAACCUGUGUGCCAUCCACGCCAAGCGCGUCACCAUCAUGCCCAAGGACAUUCAGCUUGCCCGCCGCAUCCGCGGAGAGAGGGCGUGAGCCUGGACGUUUCUCCUCAACCCCAAAGGCUCUUUUCAGAGCCGCCUACAUACACAAUGAAAAAGGACUGUUAUCUUGCUAUUUAAUCCUGGUUUUCAUUGUGGCAGAAAGUGUUAGGCUUCUCCAACAUUCUAAUUUUGCUCGCUGAUGUUAUGGUAGUCGUGUUUCUGAGUGGCGUUGUGAAACGUAGGACCUAUAAUCACCACGUAGAAUUUGGGGUGAAUCCAACAUUCUGCACCUUGAGAUAAGUAUUGAGAGUCUCCCUUCCCAGGAAUCAGCCUUUGUAUGGAAACGGAGACGUUUGGUUCAAAGUGGUUAACGCUCCCUCCUUCCCCCAGCCGCGGGCACGUGUAAGACCAAUUUUUAGUCAGUGUAGAUUUUUAAUUAACUGUAAACCAGGACG